UUAUCUUAAUUUAUUAUCCAAGUUUAGCGCCAAUUCCACCUGACUGAACAAUGCACAAAUGUUUUUUGAAAUGACAAACUUUGCUCAUGGAUAGUGAAUAUUGUGCCUCUGGAGAAGAAUCGCUCCAGUCUAGUUUGUCCGAAGAUGAGCGUCUUUUACUCAGAUUUCGUAAAAAGGAAUUACUUUUCAAAAUUCUAGUCAUUGGAGAUUUUGGAGUUGGGAAAACUUCUAUAAUUAGGCGGUACGCUGAUGGUACAUUUUCUUCUUCAUACAAAAUUACAAUCGGCGCCGACUUCGCAAUAAAAUCUUUGACAUGGGAUAAAAAUACUCAAGUUAAUGUGCAAUUAUGGGAUAUUGCGGGGCAUGAACGAUUUGGUUACUUGACAGGUGUAUACUACAGAUAUGCAGUUGCUGCCGCUAUUGUUUUUGAUCUGACAAGGCCCGAGACUUUUAAGUCGGUAGAAAAGUGGUUACUCGAUCUUCGUAAAAAAGUACAUUUGCCGGGGGGUGUUCCUGUACCUGUGGUGAUUUUAGCAAAUAAGGGUGAUAUUACUAUUGCAACACUGCCUCAAGAAAUUGUGCAUUUCUGCGAAAAGUAUAACAUAUUAGCUUGGUUUAUCACUUCGGCCAAGGAUAAUGUCCAUAUAGAUGAGGCAAUGUUAACACUGAUAAAUGCAGCAGUGGAAAAUCACGAAAAUUUACAAUUUCCUGCUUCUGUUGACAAUGACGUGGUUCAUUUAACGAAUGAGGAUACUCAAUUUUAUCAAAACAAUCAAACCCACUGUUGUCAAAGAUGAAAAACGAAAAAACGGAAAUUUAAAGAUGAAACUAUAUUUUAUAACAAACUAGCAAAUCAAUAACAAACACAAAUAAAUUAUCGUUCAGGUCGGAUUUUGACCGAGUUUUUGUGCCGCUGCGAUUGCAUUUUCAUUGGCAAGCAUCUGGAAUUCCUGGAAUCUUUGAGAAAUACGUUGGUUUACUUUAAGGAAUUUUUCUAGACAAUUUAACGCACAGCGAUCCUGUAAUAAGCAGAUAAAAUAAACAGAAACAAAAAUACAUGUUACCCACUUCACUCCCUUUAAUAUUCCGAGAUGUAAAAUCCGAAACACAGUCGGUGAAACACAAUUCAGCUAAUUUAUUGUAAGAGAUUAAAAAAUCUUUAAACUGGAAAAUACAAAUUUUCAGAUUUGGAAAAGUUUCGCUUUUUCAAUUACCGUUUUAACUUGUUCGGCAUCGACAUUUUCGAGGCCUGCACUGGGGGGGAGUGUCACAUUCAUCUUAAUUUAAAGUUUUUGUUGAGAUUUUCACGAGGAAAAUUUUUGAGGUUAGGAAAAUCUCUGGUUGUCACUCAAUAGGCAGGUAGGUAAAAUAGGAAACUGUAAACAAUUAUAUUGAACUGUAAUUUUAAUUCAAAAGAAAUGUAAGCAAUUAUAAUGUGUUUUUGUAUGCACAGCAAAUCUACAGUUUUUAUCACUUAUAAAAAAUCUUUUUCCCUACGACAGACUCAGUUUAUUAAAGCAAUAAUAUAGUUUGGUUU